AUGCUCCGCGCCGCAGGGCUCGUGCGCUCGCCCUGGCCGCGCCUAGCCCUGGAGGAGCCCCAUAUGUGGCGCCACAUCGAACUUCCUCAAGGCGAUCUGUGGGACUGGCAGGAGCCACCCUCAGCAGGAUGGAAGGCCAUGGCUCUCGCCGCAGUGGAGCUCAGCGCCGGCCGGUGCGAGUCAUUCAUAGGCCAUGUGGAUGUCGACGUCCUCGUCCACCUCGCCGACAGAGCCCCAUUGCUGAGGAAGCUCUAUGUCACAGGCUGGCCCUACAUCGAGGACAAAAAACUCAUCACGACGAUCAUCAAGAAGCUCCCUCUGCUGGAGCACCUUGUGCUGUCAGACGGCAUAUUCGAGGAAGAGCUACUUCUCGCCCUCCUCGACCACUGCCCGCGCCUUGAGCUGCUAGAUCUCACUGAAGCUGACCCAAUGUUUAGGGUCUGGGAAGAGCCAAUCAACACGAUGAUUCAGAACUGCAGUAUCAAAGACCUCUGA